GGGGAUGUGGUACAAGCCCAACUUGGCCGCGCACAUGCCCACUGCCGCCCUCAACGCCGCUGGGAACGUACACUUGCCGUCCACCAGCAUGGCAGCAUCCUCCCAGUACCGCCAGCUGCUGAGUGACUACAGGCCGACCUCGCUGGGCUACACGCAGGAAACUGGGAGCAGUCAGGGGCCCCAGAGCAGGUAUGCAGAGCUGCUGGCCAUCAUUGAAGAGCUGGGGAAUGAGAUCAGACCCACCUACGCAGGGAGCAAGAGCACCAUGGAGAGACUAAAGCGAGGCAUCAUUCAAGCUGGAGGCCUGGUUCGGGAAUGCCUGGCCAAGACCUAACGGAAUGCCAGAUCCUAGCCCCCUGCAAGAGGAGCAGGCACAGCGGCUCUCCUGAUCUAAUGAAACUCUUGUUUUCAAAAUGAUUAACAGUUUAGUAUUUUCUCCUUUGGUUCACUGAGCUCUGAACCUGGUCUUGAAGAAUGGGAAAAGAUUUCUCAGUUAAUUAGAAUUUGCAUUUUAAGAGAUUACAAAUGAUUCAGGGUUGUUGUUUUUAAAGCACUGAUUUGAGAA